AUGGGCAUCAGGUUAGUCCAUGCAAAGCAAAAGCUCCAACGAAUCCUAUUGACGAGAGCCGGGAACGAGCCGGCCACGGUGAAUGUUCCGAAAGGCCAUGUAGCGGUUUACGUCGGAGAAGGCAACGAUAAGAAAAGAUUUGCAAUCCGAAUAUCGUCCUUGAACCAUCCUCUGUUCAGAGACCUGUUGGAUCGAGCCGAGGAAGAAUUCGGGUUCAACCAUCCGAUGCGAGGCCUCACGAUCCCAUGCAGUGAAGAGUGUUUCAUCAGAAUUACUACAAUCUUAAGCAGUUGAGACAGAAC